AUGUUAUGUGGAUUAAGUUUGAAUUAACAAUAGAAUAAAGUGAUAUCAUGUGGACAAGAUGAAUAAAUAUUAAUAAUAGAACAAUCAUAAUAGGAUUCUAAAUGGAUUGUAAUCUAAAAGAUAAAGGUUGAGACACAUGGUAAGAGAAUAUGCUUUAUAAAUGAUAAUGUAUUCACUUUUUAACCAGAUGGGAUAGAAUAAAUGCAUGUAUGUUAAAUGAAUAAUAUACUAAUAAAUAGUAUUUAUAGACAAAAAAUAUACUUGUUAAAGGUGGAGAUGAUUAAUGGUUCUUUCCUUAAUAACAUAUAAAAUCAAAAUGCCUGUUUAUAAAUAGAAAUGGCAAAUAUGUGAAUUUGAUAAGGACAAAGGAAAAUGGAGAGUUUAAAACUGAAUAAUCGAUUGAAUUUAGACAUAUUCGUUUAUAUGGAUGUAUGAGUAAUGAUGGGUAGUAUUUAAUAAUUUGGAUAGAGAUUCAGAAUAAAUUCAAAUUAGAAAAUACAAUGAAAUAUGAAUAACACAUAAAUAUUAGAUUUAAUAAUUUAUGA